GUGACCCAGCGCCGAACGCGGAAGAGGAAGCGAAAGCGUUUACCGUCACCGUAAACAUGACAGAAGCGAAACCUAAAAAGUAAGUUGACGGUUAAAAAUCGCCGGUUUUAAGUGAAAUUAGUGCAGAAACCCGUCGAAAGUCGCUUCGUGUCGGAGUUUUGUCCCGGAUGCGGCAGUGAUGGCAGUGAAUGUGUUGUCAUUCCUCGUGCUGCUGUGGUUUUGCGCUCAGGUCGACGGUCAGGAAGCGAUUCUGCACGUGUCUAAUGGAUCUACAGUCAGAGAAUAUUGUCUGGUGUUUAACUCGUCAUGGAGCAGCAUCUCCGACAGCCUGAGUGGAGCUGUGGCCUAUCCGCUGGUGAACCUGACCUCCAGUCAGCUGUGUGUCAGGGGUCAGCAGGCAUCUCUGAAGGGUCGGGCCGUGGUGGUGUCGAGGGGCGGCUGUGAUUUCAGUCAGAAGGCUCUGGUCGCUCAGAAUCUGAACGCGUCUGUGCUUCUGAUCGCCACCACCGACAGUCUGGUGACGCCUUCAGCAAACGAGUCUGAGUACAGUAAGGUGAAGAUUCCUCUGGCCCUCAUGAGACACCGGGACGUCCUGGACGCCCUGCAGGUGUUUCCUCAGGGAAUGGAGGUGAGGUUGUACGCGCCUCCUGUUCCUCCGUUCGACGCCAGCAUCGUCGUCAUGCUGCUGAUCGCCGUGUUCACGGUGACGAUGGGCGGAUUCUGGAGCGGCGCGGUGGAGAAGCUGAAGCAGGCGGCGGGACCGGCGUCUGACGCGGGCGAAGGACAAUCCGACAGCAACGAGCUCUCGCUCUACUCUCCUCUGAAGGUGCUGCUGUUCGUGGCCAUGAUGUGUGUGAUGCUGGUGCUCAUGUAUUUCUUCUACCGCUGGCUGGUUUAUGUGAUCAUCGUCAUAUUCUGCCUGGCAUCAGCGUCGGCGCUUUAUAACUGCCUGGAUUCACUGAUGACGGCGCUGGGCUGCAGCACACUCAGUGUUUCCUGCAGUGGGAAAAGCGUUUCAAUACGUUCACUGCUGCUCGCCGCCGUCUGCAUCACGCUGUCUGUCAUCUGGGGAGUGUAUCGCAACGAGGACAGGUGGAUCUGGAUUCUUCAGGAUCUGUUGGGCGUGGCGUUCUGCCUGAACUUCCUGAAGACCAUCAGCCUGUCUAACUUUAAGAUCUGUGUGAUUCUGCUCAGUCUGCUGCUGCUCUACGACGUCUUCUUCGUCUUCAUCACACCGUUCCUGACAAAGAAUGGCGAGAGCAUCAUGGUGCAGGUGGCUCUUGGGCCCGGUGCAGGAGGGAAGGGUGACGGCAUUGGGGUGGAGAUUCCGGGUGAGAACUCAUCCACCUAUGAGAAAUUGCCAGUGGUGAUGCGUAUCCCACAGUUCUCAGCGCUGGCUCAGAAUCUGUGUAUGAUGCAGUUCUCCAUUCUGGGCUACGGUGACAUCAUCAUACCAGGUCUGCUGGUCGCGUACUGCCACAAGUUUGACGUGUGGAUGGGAAACUCCAGAAGAAUCUACUUCAUCUCCUGCGCCGUCGCGUACGCCGUGGGUCUGGGGGUGACGUUCGCAGUGAUGUUGCUGUCUAAGAUGGGUCAGCCGGCGCUGCUCUACCUGGUUCCCUGUACGCUCCUCACCAGCGGCAUCCUCGCCUCCGUACGCAAGGAGUUCAGACACUUCUGGAGCGGAACCGGCACCUACCAGGUCCUGGACGAGUCUAGGAAGCCCUUAUUAUCAGUGACGUCUGUCUCUGUCUCCUCAGAUGGAGACGCUGGUGGAGUGAGGAGCUGCUGAGGUUCUGACUGACAUGUGUUUCCUGUGACACACGGCCAAAGGGAAAUACGCCAACUGUUCGUGAUGAUCUGAUGGGAAUGUUGUGUGUGUGUGUUUCUGUUUCAUCAUCAUCAUCAUCGUCACUGGGACACUUUACUAAAACAUCAGACUGUCUGAAAAAUAAUUCUUUAAGAGGCCUUAACCUGAUCAACCUGGUGUUUUUUUGUCUUUCACUUUUUUAUGUGAUCAUUUUAUAACGUGAGGUUUAAAAUAUUUGACAAAUGUAAUGAACAGUUUAACUCUCUCUGUAAUCAAAAUAAACACAAAUAUGAAGACUAAAUAAAGGAUGACUGAUCAUUGCA